AUGAUGAACGGCAAAGGCGGUUCUCCGCCAGCGGUAUCUAGUGCUUCAAAGUCUAAUAAAGCAGUUUUACCUCAAAUUCAACGGCAUCCAGCCUAUUAUGAAGAUCCAUACAAAAAUUCCAUAUUAUUUUCAUUCAAACUUAAAGAUAAACAACAAGCAAUGCUCGAAGGAAUCGUUCGUGAGCAAGCAGCACGAGAAGAACGAGCUGCACUUGAACCAUAUGAUGGAAAACGUCGCCCACGAGAAAAAUCUCCCGAUUAUCCAACAACAGCUGUUAGUGAAGAUCGUUCACUUCGAACAAAUUAUUUAUACAUGAAAGAACGUGUUGGAAAAUUACCGAUCACACCAGCAUCAGAUGAAUCCUUUAAACAUAUUAUUGGUCGUUAUAUCGAUAAGAAACUUAAGGAAGGUCCACAAAUGAAACGUGUUAUACAAAAUAUUGUCAAUGAAACAAAAGAUUUAUAUGAAGAUAGUAUGAAAACAAGUCAAUUACAACAUACUCUUGUUGCACCAAAAGUUAAAGGUCUUGAAAAUGAAGUAGCCGGUCCACCUCCUUCAGAUCCCAUUGGCUAUGAUUUUUCAAGUCCUUGGGAAGAAGACUUUCGUGAUAAUCGUGAUUCAAUCAAAGAACAUUUAUAUAUUGUUCAUCCAACUCAUCGACAAGUACUUGAAUUAUGUAAUAAAACAAUUUCAUCGAGAAUUAUGGUUGAAUUUAAACGAAUAAGAUCAAUGGGUGCAUUAGAUUUUCCACAAUUACGUUCAUUUGUUCUUCGUGAAAUUGAACGUAAUGAAGAUUAUUUAAGUUCAAGUUGGUAUCCACUUGUUUGUCAAAUAUUUCAAAGUGGACAAAUACCUGGUAUAACAACAACAGCAGAAAAAACAAAUGCAUUUUAUAAUUCUGUCAAUACACUUGUUUCUAAUCAAUUACGUGAUCUUCUUGAACGAAGUAUUGAUAUGUGGUGUUUAAUAUUUAAUCCAAAAGAUCAAGAUUAUCUUCCAAUAAUUAAAAUUGAUAUUAUUCUUAAUGAAGAUCAACAAUCAAAUAUGAGUAAAAUUGAUUUUCAACCAAAUAUAACGGAAUUUAUUGGCGUACUUCGUUAUGUUGUUGAUAAGAUUGCACAUUCAAUUAAUGGACCUAAUCGAAUACGUAUAGCAACUAUGCAAGCAUUUUUAAAUGGCGAUGAUAAUAUUCCACUUGAUACCAAAUUAACUCAAACAGUUAUUGAACGUGCUUAUAAACAAUUAGCAGAUAUAGCUGAAUAUUAUUUUCAAGAACCAAAUAAAUUAUUAAAAGCUUACGAAGAUAAAUAUAAUUAUUUAAUUAAUGGACAAGCUCAAGCUGAAGUAGAAAAAUUUAUUACAGAAGUGCAUACAUUUGAUGAUUAUUCUCGAGAAUUUAAUCGUUUUAAUGACAUUGUCAGACAAAUAAUGCUUGAACCAACAACUGCUGAUUUUCCAUUAAUUCAGACAAAUACUGACCAAGUUAAACAAGGACUUAUUGAUGCGGCUCGUAAACAUCGUCAUACAUUGCUUAAUAAACUUGUUACAGAUUAUCGACGAGAAUGUCAAAGUAUUUGUUCUGAUUUUGAAGCAAUAAAACAACGUGCUCUUACUAAACCAGCAACAACUGCUGAACUUAAUGAUAUUAUUAAAUAUAUUGAUAAUGCUAAAGGAGAAAAAUCUAUAACAUUAGGACGACGAAUAAAAGAAGUUCAAAGACAAAUGGAAUAUCUUCUUGAAGAAUAUUUCUUUUCCGAUGAAGAUAUUCGUUUAAAUGCUGAUACACUUUUAUGGCCAAGAACUAUUGGACCUAUAUUUGAUGCCAAUGAUGAAAUUACUCAACAAAUUCGAGCUAAAAAUGAACAAAUUCUUAUGGAAAGACGUGAACGUUUAUUAGCUGAAUUACAAAAAAUGCAACGUCGUGUUGAUGAAUUUGCUGAUAAUGGUGAAUUAAAUAUGAUGGCGGAAUAUGCUCAAGAUGUGAAACAAACACAAAAGAAAAUAGUUGAUGCUGAAAAUGAAAUUGAUUGGAUUAAUCAAGAAGAAAUUCAAUUUCGAAUGCAAAAAACUGAAUAUCCACAAUUAGAUUCAAUCAAAACAGCUGUUGAUCCAUACUAUCGUCUAUUUACCACAGUUCGUAAAUGGCAAAUAUCUGAAAAGAAAUGGAUGGAUGGUUCAUUUCUUGAUUUGAAUUCUGAGAAAGUUGAAACUGAAGUUGAAGAAUAUCUACGUGAAAUAUUUAAAAUAAAAAAACAAUUUACAAAUUUAGUUAAAAAGAAAAAACUUGAAUUAGCAAAUAGAGUUAUGGAAAAACGUAAAGCACGAGGUAUGUUAAAUAAUAUUUAG